CACAAUCCUAGUAUAAAUCAGUAAUAUUUUCAUUGAGUUUUUUUUCCAGUUGUAUCAUGACCACGGUAUUUUCUUUACAGAAUUUUGUCUUAUUGGUUAUAGUUAGUCCCGUUUUCAUCUUGGCUGGUGAUUCGUCCUGCUGGGCAAUGAAUGGGCGUUGUCAGUACACAAGUGAACCUUGUGGGAGAUACAAACCUGGAUACUGUGCUGGACCGACUAACAGACAAUGUUGUGUUAAAGGUCAAGAUUAUCUAUGUCAGCGAAAAGGUGUAUGUCAGGACAUAAACACUGUGAUUUGCAGGGGAGAGUAUACAGCCGGUUUGUGUGGAGGAGGGUUGUCAAGACAAUGCUGCAGAAACAGUUAUCAUAUCCCUGGCUGAAAAGCAAGCUCUCCUAAGCUAUGUGGAACGGGUCACAUAAUAUUCAAUAUACCCCAACCCCCAAAAUACUUUGCUUAUCUUUCAUUUAACCUAUCUAUUUUCAACAUGUAGGUUUUUAAACUAAACAACCAAAUAAAUUGUCCAAAGAUCUCUUACAUGUAUCUUAAUCUUCGGGUUACAGUGUAUUGAAGACAGUUAAUAUUAUGCAGAAUAUUCACAGAAUGCACAUUCUUGCGUAUUGAUUUGUAACCAUCUGCAAUUAUUUUUAUUUUGAUUUGACUACUGAUUUAUCUGUUUAUCCGACUAGGAAAAAAAGAUUGUGUCAUAUCGACUGAAGAAACUUAAACCUCAAUCAUUACCCCAAAUCUGAUACUGUAAAAUCACAUAUUUUUGUUGGGUCAAAUUUUCGAGGGUUGAGGAAAUAAAUUUGGUUUGUGAG